GGAAAAUAUUAAUAAGGCACCCGGAAGUGUAUCUUGCAGUUUAGGAGCGGUGUUGUGACUUUACAACGUUUCUUUUUUGUAGGUUUGCGCGACAGCAAAAGCAACAAUGUCCGAAAGAAAAGUAUUGAAUAAAUACUACCCUCCGGAUUUUGAUCCUUCCAAAAUCCCGAAGCUAAAACUCCCCAAAGAUCGUCAGUAUGUGGUCAGGUUGAUGGCUCCGUUUAAUAUGAGGUGUAAAACAUGUGGUGAGUACAUCUACAAGGGGAAGAAGUUCAAUGCACGCAAAGAAACCGUUCAGAAUGAGACGUACAUGGGACUACCCAUCUUUCGUUUCUACAUCAAGUGUACCCGCUGUCUGGCUGAGAUUACAUUUAAGACUGACCCAGAGAACACAGAUUAUGCCAUGGAGCACGGCGCAACAAGAAACUUCCAGGCAGAGAAACUCAUUGAGGAGGAGGAGAAGAGAAUUCAGCAGGAGCGGGAAGACGAAGAACUGAACAACCCCAUGAAGGUGCUGGAGAACCGCACAAAGGAUUCAAAGUUAGAGAUGGAGGUUUUGGAGAACCUACAGGAGCUGAAGGAGCUGAAUCAGAGACAGGCUCUGGUGGACUUUGAGGGAAUGAUUGACCAAUACAGAGAGAUGGAGAAGAGGGAAAGGGAACGAGAAAAAGAGGAGGAUGAGCGUGAAAUGAAAGAGAUGUUGGAUUGUGCCCUCGUGAAAAGACUCAGAGACUCUGACUCUGAUUCAGAAAAGGAAGAAGAGGGCAGCAGCGAACAGUCAAACAAGUCCGGCUCAGAGAGACCGACAGAUAUCCUCACUACUGACAAACCGAUUGAGGCACAGGGACCCUCAACUGGAGGAGCAAAGAGGGCCAAGGUGGAGAGCUGGGAGAGGAGUGUUGGGACAUUGGGUGGUAAAGGAGCACUAGGUUCCCUGGUCGUGCGAAAGAAACCAGCAGUGACUACGAGCAAACCCAGUUCACUGGCUGGAACUGUUGCUCCUAUCUCACAAACGGAUUCAAAGCCAGAGACAACAGACUCCACAGAUGCUUCUAAACCCGUCACCACACAAAAUAGGUCAUCAUCUCUCAGCCUGUUGGGGGCGUAUUCAGACAGUGACAGCAAUGACAGCGAAUGAGAAGAUGACUCAAGUGACUGACAUCCAAUUGUAUGACUGGUGCAGAAAGGAAUACAGUGCUUAAGCCCUUAUUGUAGUGCUGUACAGAAAUUGAAAUUUUAUCGAAAUCAGCUUAUGGAUUUUUUUUUGUUUCCACUUUAAAUCCUGUCAGAUCUGCUGAAAGAUGGAUCUGUUCCUGACCUUAUUGUUGCCUCAUUGGAAGGCAUAUUUGUCCUGUGACCAUACCUGCUUUAUAUUUUAAUGUUUAUUAAAAUGUCUGUACUGUU